CUCGUGUUCAUCAUCUACUUCCUCGCAAUCCAACAGACAAGCAACAGAGUGCAACUGAGUUCCAGAGCUUCUUGGAAUGGACAGAAAUGAAUCUACCUAAAGAUGUGCCUAAGGAUGCGGUCACUGUCUUUGACAAGAAAUCAAAGCAAACUUUUCAUGUUGCCAAGUUUCAAGACUGUAAACCUUGCUUCUAUGACAGUGCUAAAAAAACAUGUUGGGAUAUUACAUCUCAUGAGGAAUUCAAAUUAGGAAGUGCUGUCCCGAAUGCAAAAGUUUCAUUUCUAGUGAAUAAGGAUAACUUUGAAUUACUUCAGUGGAAGAAAUCUUCAUAUGGAGAGAUUCCACCUUUGGCAGUGGAGACUUGUAAUGGUUACUUUAUUGCUAGAGAUGAUUUGGGGUUAGGCUAUAUGACUGAGAACAGUCUAAUGGUGCUUGGCACCACAGAAAAUGAGGUUCUCACCCUAAAUCAUGAUAUUAAAGGGCACCUUUUAACCAUUACUGAGUAUAAUAUUGCAGCACAGGUGACCUCAGAAAACACAGAAGUACUGAAACAUUUCACAGCUUACAACAGGAACUGUGAACCAGCCAAACAUCAGGUGAAGCUGGACCAAGGCAUCGAUAAAACAGUUUCUUUCCUAAAGACCCACACACAUACAGUUGGAGGAACAGGAGACACCACAUUCAAGGGUAAGGUUCCAUUUUUAGCAAGUAUAGGAGGAAAGCUUGGCUUGAAAUAUGACUUUAGCCGCCUCAGUUCUAAGACUACAUCCACAGUUGAGAAAAGUCUGCAUUCAGUGAGUAUGGAGGUGCAGGUUCCUGCCAACCAAAUGUGCAGCAUCGACAUUAAAAGCAAUACCUUCACAGCUGAAGUCCCGUACACCGGCCAGCUCACUAGAAUAUACAACAACAAUGAAAUACGCAGAACCUUGAUUAAUGACGUCUAUAGUCAUCAUGAAGUAGCAGAAAUCCAAGCACUUGUGAAUCCCUGCACUUUACUCUCAGAUGGAGAGAAAUGUUAGGCAAGCUCAGUAAUACAAAAUGAAUGAAUUAUAUGUAAACCAGUGUGUCACUUUGUGCUUUCUGAUCACAAAAUCCUUCAAGAAUCCCCAA